AUGGCAAUUCUUGUCUUAGAGCGAUGUUACAUGAUCAUGAACUUACUCUUUGUUCUAACUUUUGUUCUACUGCACUCGGCUCAUUGCUUUAACCCAAAAAGACUCAAUGUUUCGGCGGUAGCGGGGGAUUCCGAUUGGUCUCUGGCCGCAGCUACGUUCUAUGGCCUCCCCACCGGCUACGGAACCGACGAUGGAGCAUGUGGAUAUAAAAAUGCUGUGGCACAAGCCCCGUUUUUGUCCAUGGUAUCAGCCGGAGGUCUAUCGUUGUAUAAGUCGGGGAGAGGAUGUGGUGCAUGUUAUCAGAUAAAAUGCACUUCGAACCAGGCGUGUUCGACGAAUCCUGUUACGGUAGUGAUUACAGACGAAUGUGGACAAGGAUGCCUCACGGAGUCGGUUCAUUUCGAUUUGAGCGGUACAGCGUUUGGUGCGAUGGCCGUUCCCGGUCACGAUAGCCAGCUUCGAAAUGCAGGAGUUUUGCAGAUUCUUUAUAGAAAAGUUGAGUGCAACUAUAAUGGCGAAACGGUGGUGUUUCAAGUGGACGGAGGUUCUAACGCCUACUACUUCGCGGCUUUGGUUGAGUAUGUAAACGGAGACGGUGAAAUAGGCCAAGUUGAACUCAAACAAGCGUUAGAUUCUGACACAUGGCUUCCGAUGAGCCACUCAUGGGGUGCGGUGUGGAAGCUUGAAGUUACAUCACCUUUGCGAGCUCCACUGUCUCUUCGGUUGACUUAUCUAGACUCCGGCGAGACCGUUGUGGCUUCUGAUGUUAUACCGGCCGGUUGGCAGCCCGGUGCAAAGUAUAAAUCGAACGUAAACUUCCAAGUCUAGCUAGCUUAAGUUUAUCUUACUCAGGAGUCACGAGUCGAGUAAUAUCUAGUAGAAGUUA